GAGAUCGUUAACUGUAAUUGACGUUAAAGUAUCUGGUCUACAGUAAAACUCUCCUAAUCGAGACGCCCCUAAUCCGGGCACGUCCGUUUACCUGGCACCUUUCUGACUAAUCUAGAGCCACAAAAUUACGCUUUUUAAAACGAAGAACGGCCCCAAAACUAUUGAUUGGCGUAAAAAAAAAGCUUACUUUCAUGCAGUAAGUACCGAUGUGUGUGUUCUGUGUUACGGGAAAAUCCCAGUGGCGAGCGGUGCUCGGUCCCAACCUGCCCGGAUUGGGGCAGCUUUACUGUGCUCGGUCCCAACCUGCCCGGAUUAGGGGCAGCUUUACUGUGCUCGGUCCCAACCUGCCCGGAUUGGGGCAGUUUUACUGUAGUUUGUAGAUGGGCAAAGUAGUCCCUAGUUACAAGUCUACCCUCGUUAGUAGAUAACCCGGCUAUGCUCGUCAACAGAGGUAGUAUGCGCGGGCGAAUCAUCGAGAUCAACGUCAAUGUAAAUAUCAGAAUCGAAUUCAGCAGUUUGAUAAUUCUUCGGGACAGUUGUGGAAUGAGGAAGAAAAUUCUGUAGGCGAAUCCAAACACGGCCAGCAGAGUCAGGAGUAGCCUCCACACUUGACAUAACAGUGCUAAACUUGGAAAUAAACUUCUCUGAGGGUGAAACAAAACCAGCAGAGCUAGGUAAAUAAUUAUCAUCGGUACGCAGCUGAGCUUGAACAAUGACUUGUGUAUAUGCUGGUACAAUAACCGAAUUGGCAAGAUGAACACGGCAGACUACAGGAUUAGCAUUAUGGGUGGGCUCUAGGGGUACAUCGACGCCGCCUGCAUCGAGCAUGUUGCGACCGAAAUCAAUUGUGCAGCCAUGAGAUUGCAAGAAAUCAAUGCCGAUUAGCACAUCGGGCAUAAUGUCAGCAACAAUGACUCUGUGGCGUACAGCAAGCUUGCCAGUUGCUAACAAUACGACAGCUUCCCCGAGCACAGGGACAGAAGAAUUAUUUACCGCUUUAAGAACAGUAUCAACGGGUGAGAUAGAUAAAUGAACAUUGUGAUGAGAGAGAGACUUAGCAAAGCUGGUGCUCAACAACGUUACACAACUGCCGGUGUCCACAAGCAUGUUGGCUGGUACAGCCUCGACCGUGCCUUGGAUCUGCACCGUGCUGUCGGACUGUGUUGCAAGACACGACAGAGGCAGGAUGAUCGAGUUGUCUGGGCACUCGGCUGGAGUAGUUGUGCAGGCCUGACAAGUUGUCUCAGUAGGUAAGCAGACAGCCUCAUGACACACUGAACACGGCUGACUCUGCUUACCGGUACAUGGGUCCAUUGGGGAGGUUGCUGACGGCGGACCCUGGUUGUCAGCGACGCUCAGUUUCCCCGACCGCGUCCACGGCCCCGGUGACCACCACGGUUAGCCGGUGUGUAUCUGUGGUGCGGACAGUCAGGUGCGAAAUGCAUUGUGCUGUCGCACACAUAGCACCGCUUGGUGUCACCAUCUCCAUUCCGAUGCAGAUUAGUUGGUCUCUCCAGCGUGCGCCUUGAGAUCUUGUCCUCCAGGGCUGCCAUCCUCGACAGCAGGGCGUUGAGUGUAGGGUCACUGGGCUGAGAUUGCACCGCACAUAUAACUGGGCUAGCUGCCUGCUGCUGGUCUGCCUCCAGGGUGCACUGAAAAUGCAUAGCUCGUCGCAGUGCAUCAUCCAAUGUUGGUGGGUCCGUGCCACGAACAUGCAGGCGCUGGUCCCUGCUGUCAAGGCCGGCUACAAAGGUGUCGCGCGCCAGGGUAUCCUGCACUGCUCCGGCCACCGUGGGGUACGCCGUCUACUAAGCCUGCGGACGGCUUCCGCAAAAUCCGACAGGGACUCGCCACGAAUUUGCCGGCGUGACUUCAGCUCUGCUCUAGACGUGAGGAUGAAGUUUGCAUCCCCGAAUCGCUGUUCAAACGCCUGCAGUGGCUGGUCGAAUGGGCCCGUCCUUGUAUUGGCUUCCAAACUUUGGAAGUAAGAAAGUGCGUGGCCGGUGAGGUACAACCCAAUGUACCUGCUUUGGUCUGCCGGUGUCCAGUUGUUUGCAUUCGCGAUGAGGCGAGAAUGGCCAAUCCAUGAUGUCCAGUCGGCGUUGCCCGCAUCUGCUGUUGUUGACGUGCUGGUUGUUGCGCUGGGCCUGGUGGUGGUGGUGGUGAAGGGGGCGGAGGAGCUCCACCUUGCUGAGCCAUAUCUACGCGAUCAGUCUUCCACGAAUAAUUUGGUACACGUACUCUCACAAGACGUGGACUUCGAAUUCGCUGCCACCACGUGUAACCUUGGCCUGAGGUUACAAGUUACAUUCACAGGAGCAUAAACUCCCCAGCUCCCAGCCAGGCACCAGUUCUAACCAUGACAAGACGUCGAGAUCAAAACUGCAACUCUCAAGUCCAAAAACAUUCUCAAGAAGCAAAAGAAAAAACCAGCAUCAUAACAGAGCGAGCCAACGAAAGGAUACGCACAUGCGUGUGUGCCUAUGUCCAUGGAUCAUCACUGGCACUAUUUUGAGUUUGUUGGUGGAGUCUGACAACAAUUUCUGGUCACUCAGCAGCUCAUCAAAGUCCACUGGCCAUGGCGGCUCACAUCCACUGGUGUCUGCUUUCAAGUACUCGUCGAGUGCCCGAGUGGCAGUGGUGCAUGCACUGCGUCACCUUCUCUCCAGGGUGCACAGCAGUACGGCUACUACCCACACGCAGCAGCAAAGACUGUGGAGCAUUGCCGAGCCCGUCGUCCAGUUCAUUCUCUAUAAGAGCGUGGGCUGUGAGUAUCGCGAGAGGCUGGUGGAGAUCCUGGUCGACAGCGCUCUAGAGUCGAUGCAAGCCGACACCGUCGGCGUAGCACCAAAUGGAAAUGGCGUUGCGUCGCAUGAGAACGUUGGUGCGCUGCCGCAUGAGAAUGGAAGCAGCAGGCCUGUGUGUCACGUUGUCAAACUGCUCAUUGACUGGCUGUGUAGUAGGAAUAUGUCAACCUGUGAGUCCAGUAUGAGCGCUCUGCACUGCUAUCGCAGAGUCCGGAAGCUAGUGUGGCGAUCACUCAGCGUGGCAAUUGACGAGGAGUCCGUAGAUUCCGCGUGUCAGUUAUCCAUGUACCACAUUGCUGCGUCAUGGCUUGUGGACAUGGCGGCUAACAAUCAACCUCUUGACGUCCUGCUGAAGGAGAUUGAGUCCAUUGAUGCAUCUCCGAGCACUGCCGCUGUGUUUGUACCAAGUCUGUACGUGGUAUUGACACACCAAUCAUCUCUCUACGCCAGCACCGUUCUAAAGCUGCUAUUGAAGUUUCUACCGUUCAUGAGCAGUGCCGAUCAGUCCCUGGGUGCUUUGCCCUUGUACUGUGCUACUACGGCUUCUGCUCCAUCGUCGUCGUCAGCAGCUGCUGGCAGUGGUGUGGCCGGUGGUGAGAGCACAGCCGCUGCUACUACGCUUCUGGCGUGUCAGACUGCCAUACAGAAUAGCCUGGUGUUGGCUGGUGGCAGUCGUAGCAAUGCUACUGCAGGUGACGGUGCCGCUGCUCACAGCCCGAAUGGCGAAGACACCACCGCCGCCGCAGAGUCAGUUCGAGUCCCGUUCGUCAGCUCGCUGUCGCAGUACAUCCGCUCUGCAGCCCGCCUGCCGCUCCUGUUUCAACGCCAACCCGAGCUGUGUAAGCUAUGGCUUGAUCACAUGCAGUCGGAAUUGAAGAAGAUAGAUGCGCAGGUUGCUAUGGACACGCCGUCCCUGUACAAGUUCUCCACGGUGGCAAUGGUGGUCAGCUCCGUCCUGGUCUCGGCAUGGUCGAGCAGAGAGCUACGCUUGGCGUGCGUGUCUGCUGUGCAGAGUCUGGCUGUGGCAUGCCCUCCGCUGUCACAUGACCUGCUGAAGAUGCUGUUACGCUGUGUCAACGUCAGCACUAUGGAGGCGGACGUGCAGCUAGCUAUUCUACACACUCUGCCUGAGAUGGUCACACACAAUGUCAUGCUAUCACCAGUGGUUGCCACCAUAACGGGGCUGAUGGCACACGCGUCGUUGCAGCCGCUGUCACUACGUCUCAUGUGCAAGCUGUGGCAGAAGAUGGAUCGUCUCUUCCCGCAGUUGCUGAAGGUUCUGACAUCAUGUGCCGAACACAUGACGUCUUCGUCGGAGAUGCUGAUGUCAUGCUCUGCUACAGUGCUCGACAUCGCUCAGACACGGUCAUCUCAACACGGCAGCGACAUCAUACCCAUCAUCCGGAGACUGCUUUCGGCACCAGUGAGGUUGGACGUGUCGGGAGAGGUGAUCGCUAUGGCCACGCGCAGCCUUCACUUGAUGAUCUUGAACGGGGUGGUCGAGUUCAGAGCCGUGUGGACUGUACUGGGUCAGGAGCUCGGCCUGCAAACCAGGGAGCUGGCACAAGCUGCCGUUUGCAGACUGAUGGGGUCCAUGGCUGAGUUGCAAGGAGAACAGUUGCCGAGUCGCCAGGACGAGGGACUGUACCACGAGCUCAUUUCCAGUCUCUUCAGAACCGUCUUCUCACAGCCUGCGAGCAGCACCACCGUCAUCUCAGCAGCGUACGAGGCGCUGUGCUGCUUUCCCGUGCAGUGUUUCCAAGCGUCAAUGCUGCCACCUGCACAGCUCCAAGCCUUACUGGACACUGGACUGCUGAAACCUGCCAGCAGCCAAGACACCGCCGCUGCACAGGAUUCCACCUUGUCGUCCACACAAGCCGUCGAUGGUGUUGCAGCAGCUUCGUCAUCGCCUGCUCCGCCACCACCGGAGCUGGUCACUGCAGCGGGUGUGGAUCAGUUCGGUGCUCAGCCCGUUUCAGCUGCGGCACUCUCAGCGCUGACGGUCUCUGUUGCGGCUACCGACGGCAAGGCUAGGUUCCUUGCGCACUUGCUGCGACACGAACUGAAGACACAGCCGCGUGGUGGUUCAGCCUCCGCUGGUCACCGUCGUACUAGCAACAGCAGUACCCUGCAAGCUGUGGAUGCUCGCCUGGUGCGUGUUCUCAGCAACGUGCCGAAAGCGUUGCUGGAGGCGUACGAGGCCUGCAAGUCACCGGCAUUGCUUCCAAGCCUGGCAGUGGGUCUGCUGUCCUGUCACGAGCCUAGCUCUGUAGCGAGUAAGGCCAGCCGUAACGUGACCACCGACCGCCAUCUCACUAUACUGCAGAAUCUCCUCGCUCAGAUCGCACCACCUGCUCGCGGCGCUACUAUGGAGAUCCUGGGUCUGGCCGAGAAAUGGCAUGCAUUCCUGCGUCGUCUCUUCGCGCACCUUCUCCAGGUGAACAGCACUGACGAGGCUGAGAGCGUCGACAGCAAGGCGACUGCACUGUGUCGCGUGCGCGACAAGAUAUUCAGCGUGCUGCAGAAGGCGUCCAGACUGGGCACGACGUGUCUCUUCAACAGCACCCUGGCACUGACCCAGUUGUACCGCGUGACCUGCGACGCCGUCGUAGACGUCUGUGACACUGAGGACCUGCCGCCAUCAUGCUCCGCACGCCUACAGGGCUGGAAAGCCAAGCUGGUAGCCACGCUGAUGAACAUGGCGUCGGACAAGGUGAUGUGUGCCGGAGUUGUGUUUGGCGCCGAGCAGAUCUUCAGCUGGGGAACGCAGGGACAGGUGAGCGAAGGCAAGCACGGUGCUCUCUGCCUGAGUGCACUGUUCCUGGGCGUGAGCUCUCUCUGUCAUGCACUGGUCGGUACGGACUGGCCAGUGCUGAAGAUGAUCACUGAUACGCUGUUACAGCACUACGCUCAACUACCCACGUACGGAAUGAUACCUCUUGACUACGGUGAUACUCGUCUCUUGCACCUGGUCCUGCCCUUCUGCAUGGGCACACUCUUCUCGGCUAUGAUCACGUCGCGCGUUUGGGUCGUGGAAGGAGUGCGGGGUAUGGAGCUGUUCGAAGAGGCUCAGGUGCGGUAUUUCUCAGCGUUUACUGCACAGAGGGAUGGCGCUACCCUCGUUGCCGGCCAAGUUGUCACCGAUCUCCUGAAGAACACUCAGGACAAAGAGUUGACGUUCGACAAGGGUCUCACCGUCUGCUCCAUGCUGUUAUCACGCGCCGAGGGUCUGUUUGACGCGGAGGAGUCGAAGAAACUGUCCAGAUUCGCCAAGGAGGCUUCCCUGUACUCCUGGUCAGUGUGCUACGCAUACCUGGUAUCGCAUGCACUGGACAAGCUCACUGAGAGAGAUCAGGCGAUGGCCAAUGCUCUGCUGGUAGCUGACAGUGGGGACAUUACGUCGCCGCUGGUGUGCAAAUCGCGCAUGCUCUGCGUGAUGGCACUGUCCUUGCUGGGAGAGACGACGUCACAGUCCGUGCUAUCCACUACGUACGACCAGCUGAAAGGCACCCUACGCAAUGCUGACAAACUCUCCGGCAGCAGUCUCCUGCAAUCUUGGCAGUGUCAAGUUGCCAGCAUGCAGGUGUUACUCGGAGAGAAUCAUCUCACGUGGCGGGGAGGGAAACAACUGCACAUCAAAGCAUGCCCGGUACCUAUGUAUGACCUGGUGAAGGGCUUGGACACGGCCAGGCUCGGUGUCGACAUGGCUUUCUCGCCCAUCGCCGUACAAGCUAUUGGUGAAGUGUGGUAUCAGCUCAACGAAGAGAACUCACUGCAGGCGUUGCACAAUGCUGGUGAAGAUCCAACGGUGGGUCGGCUGAACACCGGAUCCGUUCUGCAACAAAUCGUUGCUCAGCUUUCAGCGCUGACAAGUCAAUUAGCCGGCAGCUCUACAGGUGGUGACAGCGUUGUCAACACAGCGCUGUGGCCGUCUAUCCAUGCGCUGCUACGAUCGCUGUGCGAAGCCGUGGAAAAACCACCGCCAUCCGUCGACUGGUCGUCAGUCAUGAUGAAGCUGUUGAGGAUGUCGUCCGCUCCUGGAGAUGUUCAUCGCGAGUGUCUGACAAUACUGUUUAGGAGCUACGCUAAACAGUACGACAGCUCCAUGCUGGUCAACCUGAUCACCGACGGAACGUUUCUCAAGUUUUCUCUUGAGAAUCAGAAGCUUCUCCUGUCCGGGCUGUACAGCGGGAAGUUACCGAGCGUGGCACUGAAAUGCCUGUGUGCAUCGCUCAGACAGCUAUUUGCUGACAGAGAGAAGCACCAGUUUGCGCCGGUCCUGCCCAAGGUCAUCGUGAACACCUGGAGCUCGUGUUGCGAUCACACCGAGUCCGCCAAAAUCGUCUGGAAAGAUCUUCUCUGUCCAGUGGCGACGCAAUGGAUCAACUCUAGCGAGAGCAAGGUCGUCUAUGAUCUGAUCUACUUGUCACCAAGCCUGCUCAGAGCGUACAGCCAGGAGGCCAGGAAAGCAAAUCACGGCCCGUCUGAGGUGUUGACGUUGCGCACGUUUGCGUUCGGAGUGCUUGAAGCCAUGCACUCGGACAAUGACGUUGGACCGUUGCUCUUGGCUGUGGAAACCGUAGUGGAUAACUGCCCGGAUGAUCACCUAGUGGACAUGAUCAUGUUGCUAAGCAGCCUAGCACGUCACAGGCAAGCAUCGGCAUUCUCCGCUCCGCUACUGCAAUUGCUGAAACGCUUGAGCUCUUCAAAGCGAUCAGCAACGCAUUUGAUUGCAGAUAUGAUCAUCUCCUGCUGCUCAUCUCUCCUUCAAGCUGUCAACACCGGUAGCACUAUCACCGCUACCCUCACCUCUAGCAGCGGUAGCAGCAGUAGCAGCAGCGGCAAGACUCCAUUACCAGCAUCUAAUCUGCAGCACCACCAGCAGCCCCCUCUGCAUAGCUUACUCCACAACAUCUUGCUAGCGUCGUCCGGUGGUGGUGACGAGCGAUUUCUUCUCUCCGCAUCUAGACUGGACCCGCACGCCACCUUCUGGCUGGCCGAUUGGUUUGUGCGCACUGGCUGUGAAUGUCUGCCCAGUUCACUGACAUCACUGGCUGCUGUUCCGGCCAUGUCUGCGUUUCUGAAGACGCUUGGUAAUGUGCUUGGUGCGCUGGAGUCAGCGGUUAGCCAGCUCAACCGUGAUGCUAUUUGUCUGUCCAGUCUAUCUGACUGUCGCAGAGUACUUGCCGCCAGCAUGCCGUCUGACACCUGAACAGACAGAUUCUCAAUUUCAUCGGUAUGAAGAAAGACGAUAAGCGACAAGAAGCUGAAGAAUUAAUCAAGAAAUUAUAAAAUAAAAGGCUAUGUUUAACUUGGGUUUUUAUCCAUGAAAUGACUAUUAUUAACCACAUAUAAGGAAAAUAAUAUACAGUAUAAAAAUGAGGAAUGCAAUUCUGUGACAAGACGCGUUUGAUCACUUUGUUUAGUUCAGUUUAGUUUUUUUUUAGCUUAUUGUCUUUUCUGAUAGUAGUAAUACAUGCAUGUAGUUUUUUUCUUUGCACUCGAGCUGUGCGAGUUCAGAGUCAGCUUGUUAGACGACGGCUGUUGCAGUGGAUACUAGUUUGCCUAUUGUACUUGCCUAUUGUGUUCAAUCCACUCUGCACAGUCAUACUCUACUGAUUGACUAGCUACUAACUGGUUACAAUCAA